AUGUCCUCUGAGGAAUACAUCCCCGCGCCGGCGCUGUCGCAAAAACCGCAGCCGCCGCUGAGUGUUACCAUCCCGGAUCCCUUAUCUGCCGAAGGACCAUAUUGCUUGAGACGACCUAGGCUGAAUGAGAUUCUUGCUAACACUUCGCCUUCGCCAUGGACUUUGACUGCAUUCAUGGCCUAUCUCUCCAGUAAUCAUUGCUUAGAAACUCUCGAGUUCAUUAUGGAUGCGGCCCGAUAUCGCAAACACUACAACAAAAUGCUGUCGCGAGCAGCUGGUUCAGAUCUUCCGCCCCUCAAGGAUCGAGAGUAUGUGCAAGGGCUGUGGGAUCGCCUGAUCGAAGCAUAUAUUGCCCCGAAUGGAUCGCGUGCAGUCAACCUCCCGUAUGAGGUGCGAAAUCCCGUAAUGCACCUGGAAAAGGACGUGCUGCCACCAGCUCCAGGAACUCUGGAUGGCGCCAUUUCGAAGACUUACGAACUAAUGGAGGAAUCUGUCCUGGGCCCAUUCUUGAAUAGCUUCUGCCCACAGUCUGCCCAUCCUGGUACUGUGUCAAUCCAGCAUCGAGCGACUGACGAGACGCUCGGCGAUGACGACAAU